UGAUUCCGUUCAGGCUGGUACGUCGACACUCGUUAGUUUGAUCGAUGGAUGGAAGGAACACUCACGCGAAGAGAGACUCCGCCUAGCAUUCGGCCGUAGUUACGAAUCUAUACCUUUAUGCAUAAGGUGGUUUUAUCUUCGAAACAUUACGGCAGUGAUGACAAAUUUGAACAAAAAUGAUCUAAUAUACAAAUAUGACAUGUAAGAAAAAAUGGGAAGUUUGGAAUUCACUACUAGUACUUCAGUAGAAAGUACUAUAUCGGUAAACCUUUCGUUGGGAUUCCAUGAAAAUAUUAGCAAAAUGCAUCAACCUGCAGUGCUACAUCGGUACGAGGUUAAUACGUCAGUAUUUUCUACAAGCUUACCUAACGUAUCAAGUGUAGUGGAAUAUGGAAAUACUACCAAUGUGACGGAGACCGAGUUUUCCAUGGGUUUGUCGGAGGAGUCCCUGAUAGUCCUUAUGGUGCUGUAUUCUUUAACUACCGUUCUGUCCAUCGGGGGAAACUCCCUCGUGGUCCUAGUCUUCUUUAAGGGCCGAAGGUCCAGAACGGAUCUAAGAUUGUUUCUAAUUAACCUAGCAGCUGCAGACCUUGUUAUGGCCGUAUUCUGCAUGCCUUUCACGUUUGCGGACACCAUUCUAGGACAUUGGGUAUUUACAAAACCGAUGUGUCCAAUCGUCCUGUUUAUGCAGCUAUUCUCUGUAGCGGCCAGCGUGUUCACCAACAUGGCAAUUGGGGUAGAUCGCUUCAUGGCCGUUAGCUUUCCCUUGAAAUCCAGAAUUACGUAUAGACGAGGAAAGUAUGUGAUUGUGAUAAUAUGGAUGUCGUCCCUCCUUCUGUCUACCGUCAUGUUGGCAGUGGGGAGGGGUAUUGACGAUGGGUCAGGCAAUGUUAAGUGUAUGGAGCUCUGGCCCGUACCCGAUCAAAGGAAAACAUUCACCAUCUGCGUCCUCUUGUUUACAUACAUAAUGCCACUUGCGAUCCUAUUAAUAACAUAUUCAAUAGUUGGAAUUUUACUUUGGAAGAGAACAACACCAGGAAAUAAACAUGCGAACCGCGACAUGCAUCAACUCCGAACGAAAAUAAAGGUGGUGAAGAUGCUGGUGAUUGUGGUGGUGAUGUUUGGUAUCUGCUGGCUGCCUAUUCACGCUUUCACACUGUUUAUAGACUCCCAUCCAGAGCUCCUAGCCACAACUGAGGACAUCCAGUUCUUCAUGGGCAUUUAUCUCACCGCUCAUUGGCUGGCUAUGUCUAACAGCUUUGCUAACCCAAUCAUUUAUGGUUUUACAAACGCAAGCUUCAGGGCAGACAUGGCAGUCCUCCUCAACAAGUGGUUUCCGUGUUGUUGUUGCUUUAAACACAUGAUGACACGGACGUAUAGCCUGUCAAACUAUGAUAGUAUUAUUUACCGAAAACAUACAGUGAUCAGAGGCGGAAGUAUGAAAAACAGCACGGGCACAUCAGACUCGUUUAAACGCUCAAGACCCGUACAGUAUUUUGGAGACCAACGAAAGGAGUUUCCAGGAUUCAGACGAACUAGAUCCGAAAUGCAUGUGAAAAGAAUAACAGUGAAUGGUGUGCAAAAUGGACACGUGUACUCGUUUAAAUCACCGUCAACUAAAUUAAACGACAGUGUGCCCGAGUGAUGUUUGAAUUGUAAUCUGCUAUUCCGUUACAGCGAACAAUACAUUAUAUACAUUCAAAUGUGUAUGAUGCAGACUUAUUAUGGAGUCCAUUCCACCGGAGGGUUACCUUUCAACAUGUGAUACUUUUUUUCAGAUCCGUGUGCGUGUUUCUAGAAACUUGUGAAAGUUGAGCAAUUUGUUAUUUGACAGAUUUUACGACUGACUUUUCUAUUUAUGGAACCAUUGUACAUCUGUUCAUCCUUUAUGUUGAAAAAUGAACAUCUUAUAAGAGCAUUUUGAACAUGUGUGUAUAUUGAACAGCACGUUCAUAUUUUUUUCUCGCAGAAAUUUGCUGAUGUUUUUUACGAGGAAAACAGUUCCCUAGGUGCUUCAUGUCACAACACCAAAACAAAUUACAAUUAAAAAGAACUAAAAUACACGAAUUCAAUAGAAAACAAAUCGUACAUCCAACAACUGUUGAUUAAUAGCCCGACCUUGUACAUCAUGCAAGUUCAAAUGGGUUAUCGCUAGAUUAUACACAUCCGACGUAGACAUGUUACUUAUUAGAUUGAUAAAGGUUGCUAAGACGUCUGACUUAUACUAUAGUAAAAAUCCUACAUGUGAGAUACAGACAGAUAAAUCUCAACCCAUGACAAAGAUGUUUGCUUUCAUAGAACAAAGUUUUAUCAACUACUGAAAAAUCUUAUCUCAUGGAUUGAGCUUUCUCUGUUUCAAACGCCAAAGAAUGUUUCAUUUUACUUUCUUUUUUGACAAAUCCUCGCUUCAGCCAGAUGUUCGUGACUUCACAUCGUUGUUAUUCACAGCUUUUGCAAGCUGUCUUGACCAGCAGAGUAGGCAGAACUGUCUAGCACUAUUACCAGAUCAAUAUCAGCGUCGUAAGUAAGGGGAAAUGUAUAUAUAGUAUGAUCUCCAUCCAAUGUCCAAUCAAUUCACGGGUAUUGUUGAUGACAAUGUACACUGUAGCAGAAAAGAAAAUGUGUUUCGAUUUUACUUGAUGGUCUACACUUUCAAAUUAAUGCACGGUAUCUAGUUAGCUUUUGUUAUUUAGAGAAUAUUCUUUUAUUUAUAAUGAAUCUCUCUGAAGCUGAGAAAAAUGUGGAAUUUAUAUUGAAUUUUUGUCGACAUUGUAUACAUAUUUUAAGUUUGUACAAUGACUAUUAGCUAUCUUUUGUCAACGUCAGUAUAACAAAGGCUAGAUAUUGUACAAUGAUUGAUGUACACGUCCAUUGACCUAUCUAUAUACAUUUACAUACGUUUAAACAUUGUACUUCUAUUGAAAUAUGUAUAAAGUUUACACGUCCAUUGACAUGUGCAUUAAGUACACACUUCCAUUUACCUGAGUGUUUUGUGAACACGUCCAUUUUCUGUGUAUCUAAUCUACAUGUCCAUUGACCAAUGAAUCUAGAAUACACGUCCAUUGACGUGUGUAUCUAAUCUACGUGUACAUGUCCAUAGACCCAUGAAUCUAGAAUACACGUCCAUUGACGUGAGUAUCUUAUCUACGUGUACAUGUCCAUGGACCCAUGAAUCAAAUGAUCACGUCCAUUGACGUGUGUAUCUAAUCUACAUGUGCAUGGACCCAUGAAUCUAAUGUACACGUCCAUUGAAGUAUGUAUUUAAUCUACAUUUCCAUGGACCCAUGAAUCUAAUGCACACGUCCAUUGACGUAUGUAUCUAAUCUACAUGUCCAUGGACCCAUGAAUCUAAUGUACACGUCCAUUGACGUGUGUAUCUAAUCUACAUGUCGAUGGACCCAUGAAUCUAAUGUACACGUCAAUUGACGUGUGUAUCUAAUCUACAUGUCCAUGGACCAAUGAAUCUAAUGUACACGUCCAUUGACGUGUGUAUCUAAUCUACAUGUCCAUGGACCAAUGAAUCUAAUGUACACGUCCAUUGACGUAUGUAUCUAAUCGACAUGUCCAUUGAACCAUGAAUCUAAUGUACACAUCCAUUGACAUAUGUAUCUAAUCGACAUGUCCAUGGACCCACGGAUCUAAUGUACACGUCCAUUGACGUAUGUAUCCAAUCGACAUGUCCAUUGAACCAUGAAUCUAAUGUACACGUCCAUUGACGUGUGUAUCUAAUAUACGUGUACAUGCCCAUAUAGCCAUGAAUCUAAAUUACACAUCCAUUGACCUAUGUAUCUAAUCGACAUGUCCAUGGACCCAUGAAUCUAAUGUAGACGUCCGUUGACGUGUGUAUCUAAUUUACGUGUACAUGCCCAUAUACCCAUGAAUCUAAUUUACACAUCCAUUGACGUAUGUAUCUAAUCUACAUGUCCAUGGACCCAUGAAUAUAAUGCACACGUUCAUUGACGUGUGUAUCUAAUCUACAUGUCCAUUGACGUGUGUAUCUCAUCUACGUGUGCAUGCCAAUAGACCCAUGAAGCUAGUUUACACGUCCAUUGACGUGCAUAUUUAAUCUACACUUCCGUUUAAUUUUUUUCUUCGUUUACACGUCCAUCUAGCUGUUUAUUUAUUUUACACCUCCAUUGACCUAUAUUUUAGUCUACAUAUCCAUCGACGAACGUAUUCCGUUUUCAUGUCAAUUAACCUGUGUUUUAGUAAAACAUUCGAUGCAUAGGAAGGAUUAUUUAACCUCGACUGAAGAAAAUAUCUAGUACAUAACUUAAAGACUGUCUGAAGGGGAUUGCUUUUGAAAGGUUAAUUGAUGAACUAAUGUUAAGUAAUAUUAGUAAAUAGUCAUUAUACUAUCUUUAAAAGUAUGUACUGUUGUCAAUGAAAAAAAGGUUAAAAUGUAUGGUACAACCUUAAAAUCGUAUGUAUACUACCGUAUGUCCCCUGGUUACAGUACACAUUAGCAUCAACAUAAUACUUGAAUAGUGAUGGGUGAUACAAAUCUCGUCACACAUGAGUGUAUUUUUCCGAUAUACAAAAUAAGCUUUCCUUGUAUAUGUAAUCACUUUUGUGUCAGUGAUAUAAUUUUCAAAGCAAGUUUUUCUUUAUUGUGGAACUUUUUGAUAUUUACAUACACGAUUACAGAUGUUUACAUACAGAACGAUUUCUCUAAUUUGCUGUGAACGUUGUAUGAUAUGUUUCAUAUUGCUGUAAUGGAAACAGUUCCUGCCAAAUAGUUCCUAGAUUUAUAACACCAACACAGAAAUGUCCAUGAUCGUGCCUAUUUAGUACGGGAGACUAUCAAUAUGUUGAUGUGUAGCUAGUUAUAGAGACUCAAUUAUGUUCUUUGUUUGUGUAUUGCAUUUUUGUUAUUAUCACAAGUUAUCGAGCAUACAUUAAGUGCCAAAGAAGCGUAUACCCCUACACAGACAAAGAGUUGAGGUCAACAGGCCGAUUCCAUCAGUCGGACAAUGAAAGAUUGACCAAUGGCAGCCUAAUCCCGCAUGACCAUUUUAUCCCGACGUUGAUCUCGACAUUGAGCUUGAUCUUUAUUUGAUCCAGACGACAAUUGUAUGCUCGAUUACAAUUUCACUAGACUUAAUCCUUGUCUUCGAUCACGAUUUGACCUUUUGCUCGAUUACAACUUCAUUACUACAUGUACAAUAUAACCGCAUACAUAUUCUACCCUUUAGUGCUGACAUCAAGCUCAGACCUAUCCUACCCUUUAGUGCCGACAGUAAGCUCUGACAUAUUCUACCCUCUAGUGCUGACAUCAAGCUCAGACAUAUUCUACCCUUUAGUGCCAACAUCAAGCUCAGACAUAUUCUGUCCUUAAGUGCUGACAUCAAGCUCAGACAUAUUCUACCCUUUAGUGAUGACAUCAAGCUCAGACAUAUACUACCCUUUAGUGCUGACAUCAAGCUCAGACAUAUUCUACCCUUAAGUGCUGACAUUACAUUUAACCUCUGACAUAAUUUCCCCGUUAGUGCUGAUAUCAAGCUUAGACACAAUCUACCCUUUAGUGCCGACAUUAAGCUUUGACAAAAUCUACUCUUUAGUGCUGACAUCAAGCUCUGACAAAAUCUACCCUUUAGUGCUGACAUCAAACUCAGACAAAAUCUAUCCUUUAGUGCUGACAUCAAGCUCAGACAUAAUCUACCCUCUAGUGCUGACAUUAACCUCAGACAUUAUCCACCCUCUAGUGCUGAACUUAACCUCAAACAUUAUCCACCCUCUGGUGCUGAUAUUAACCUCACACAGUAUCCACCCUCUAGUGCUGACAUUUACCUCAAACAUAAUUUUUCCUCUAGUGCAGAACUUAACCUCAAACAUUACCUACCCUCUAGUGCUGACAUAAACCUCAGACAUUAUCCACCCUCUAGUGCUGAAUUUAACCUCAGACAUUAUCCACCCUCUAGUGCUGAUAUUAACAUCUGACAGUAUCCACCCUCUAGUGCUGACAUUAACCUCAGACAUAAUCUUUCCUCUAGGGCUGCACUUAACCUAAGACAUUAUCCAUACUCUAUAGCUGAAUUUAACCUCAGACAUAAUCUACCCUCUAGUGCUGAUAUUAAUCUCAUACAUUAUCCACCCUCUAGUGCUGAUAUUAACCUCAGACAUUAUCCAACCUCUAGUGUUGAACUUAACCUCAGACAUAAUCUACCCUCUAGUGCUGAUAUUAACCUCAUACAUUAUCCACCCUCUAGUGUUGAACUUAACCUCAGACAUUAUCCACCCUCUAGUGCUGAUAUUAACCUCAGACAUUAUCCACCCUCUAAUGCUGAACUUAACCUCAGACAUUAUCCACCCUCUAGUGCUGACAUAAACAUCAGCCAUAAUCCACCCUCUAGUGCUGAUAUUAACCUAUGACAUUAUCCACCCUCUAGUGCUGAACUUAACCUCAGACAUUAUCCACCCUCUAGUACUGAUAUUAAUCUCAGACAUUAUCCACCCUCUAGUGCUGACAUUAACCUCAGACAUAAUCUUUCCUCUAAUGCUGAACUUAACCUCAGACAUUAUCCACCCUCUAGUGCUGAACUUAACCUCAGACAUAAUCUACCCUCUAGUGCUGAUAUUAACCUAUGACAUAAUCUACCCUCUAGUACUGAUAUUAAUCUCAGAUAUAAUCUCCCUCUAGUGCUGACAUUCACCUCAGCCAUACACACCUAGUGCUGACAUUUACCUCAGGUAUAAUCUUCUCGUGCUGACAUUAACUUCUCACAUUAUAUUCCCUGUUGUGCUGACACUGACUUCAGGCAUAAUCCACCCUUUAGUACUGACUUUAACCUCAGACAUAAUCCACCCACUAGUGCUGAACUUAGCCUAAGACAUAAUCCACUUUCUUGUGCUGACAUAAUCCCAAGACGUAACCCUCUAGCGCUGACAUAAACCUCAGACGUAGCCCUCUAAUGCUGACAUAAACCUCAGACAUAUUCCACCUAUAGUGCUUACAUUGAUACCGUAUCUUUUACAUUUUAAAUUAACACUUGCGUUGGAAAUGUUCAAACGAGGCUGCUUUCAAUUAAAGCGUAAAUGCUAUGAUAUAAUUAGGGCAUUUGAAUAAUUCAAGUCUACUGCUUGGCUUGACAUGAUAUACAACGUUUUUUGUCUCAAAUUUUAAUAUCUAUUUCUAUUGAACAACUACUUAAUUAUAUGUGAUUCAAGUCAACAGUGUGAGAAUGUGUUUAACAGAAAUGCAGAUUGUAUUUACCCAAUUGUUUGUGCUUUCAAAUGAAAAAAUAUGUAUAAAUCUCUAUUAAAUUAUUUGAUUGAACG